AUGUUGAACCCUCUGCUCCCUUUGAGCAUUCAUGCUUUGAACUCGACUCCAAGCUCGGAACGGAUUCUACAAUUACCUGAACCCUUCUCCGAAGAUACACACCCAAGAAUCUCACACUUUACGCUCUCUCCACCGCCACACCUUAGGCUGUCGACUUCGACCGAUAGUCCGUUGCAGACUCCGAAUCAGGUGCAGAUGGAGUCGUUCACACCCAAAAUGAUCCAACGACGGGAAAACCAAGAUCUACAUGUCCUACCAUAA